UCUUGAUCUCAGAGUUUUUUUUUAUUGUGACAUUGCAAGCGACGUUUAUUGUGUGUUAAUUUUAGUUAAAUUCGUUUUUAGCAUAUAAUUUAGUUAUUUAAUUUAUUAGAAUGGCUGAAUUUCUUGAUUCCGAAGCCGCCGAAUCGGAGGAUGAGGAAGAAUUGGAUGUGCAUGAACGUAAAAAACUCAAAAAGUUAAAAGCCGCCGUAUCCGACAGCAGCGAGGAGGAAGAAGAUGAUGAAGAACGUUUGCGUGAGGAGCUCAAGGAUCUGAUUGAUGACAAUCCCAUUGAGGAGGAUGGCAGCGAGAAUGAUUCAGAUACGGGCAGCGGCGGUGACGAAGAAGGAAGCAGUGCUAAAAAGCGUAAAAAACAUGAGGAUGAUGAUCUGGACGAUCGCCUGGAAGAUGAUGAUUAUGAUUUAAUCGAAGAGAAUUUGGGCGUUAAAGUUGAACGACGAAAACGCUUUAAACGCCUGCGACGCAUUCAUGACAACGAAAGCGAUGGCGAGGAACAGCACGUGGAUGAGGGAUUGGCACGGGAACAAAUUGCCGAGCAGCUGUUCGAUGAGAACGAUGAUCAAAGCAUCGAGAGACGCAGCGAGCGCAGCAUUCGUGAGGCGGAUGCAUUUGAUGACGAGGACAGCGAAUCGGAUGCCGAUGAUUUUAUAGUCGAUGACAAUGGUCGUCCCAUAGCGGAGAAGAAGAAGAAACGCCGACCCAUCUUUACAGAUGCAUCCCUGCAGGAGGGUCAAGAUAUUUUUGGCGUUGACUUUGACUAUGAUGAUUUCUACAAACCCGAAGAGGAUGAAUACGAGGAGGAAUCCGAGGGCGAUGAGUAUGAUGAGGAUCUGUUGGGUGGCGAUGAUUUUCGUGCGGCGAAAAAGAAGAAAUCACCCAAAAAGAAGGCAACCAAAAAAACCAUAUUUGACAUUUAUGAGCCAAGUGAAUUGAAACGUGGCCAUUUUACGGAUUUGGAUAAUGAGAUACGUAAAACCGAUAUUCCGGAGCGUAUGCAAUUGCGUCAGGUGCCCGUAACGCCAGUGCCCGAGGGAUCCCAUGAGCUGGACGAUGAGGCCAAUUGGAUAUAUCGCUUUGCGUUCUGCAAACAAACCGUAUCCGAGCAGGAGAAAGCGGAUAAUCGUGAGAAGAUGCGUAAACCACCGACGGCAGUUAAUAAAAUUAAACAAACAUUGGAAUUUCUACGCAAUCAACAACUGGAGGUUCCAUUUAUAGCGUUUUAUCGCAAGGAAUAUGUGAAACCAGAGUUAAAUAUCGAUGAUCUCUGGAAGGUUUACUACUAUGACGAACGUUGGUGUCAACUCAAUGAGCGCAAACGUAAACUGAAGCAAUUGUUUGAGAAAAUGCGACAAUUUCAGCUGGAAACACUUUGUGAUGAUCCGGAUAAACCAUUGCCGGACGAUGUACGUCUGAUGUUGGACAGCGAUUUUGAGCGCUUAAAUGAUGUGCAGUCCAUGGAGGAACUGAAGGAUGUGCACAUGUAUUUUCUGCUCAACUAUUCACACGAGCUGCCCAAAAUGCAAACGGAAUUGCGGCGUAAACAGCUGCAGGAACGCCGUGAGGCACGUGCCCGCAAACAGGCAGCAAAUGCGGCAAAUAGCGAUGGUGAAGGCACUGCAGCCGAUGCCAUUGAACUGGCCGAUGAGGCGGCCGAGGAACUGGAGCUGGCUGCCGAGGAGCAAUUGAAACAGGCACCAAAUAGUAGUCCCUAUGCGGUAUUCCGUAAAGCAGGCAUCUGUGGCUUUGCCAAACAUGUGGGUUUGACGCCCGAACAAUUUGCCGAAAAUCUACGUGAUAAUUAUCAACGUAAUGAGGUGAAUCAGGAGAGUCUCAGUCCCACCGAGCUGGCCAAACAAUAUCUAUCGCCACGUUUCAUGACCGUGGAUGAAGUUCUACAUGCCGCCAAAUAUGUGGUUGCCCGGCAAUUGGCACAGGAGCCACUGUUGCGUAAAACCAUGCGGGAAGUGUAUUUCGAUCGAGCUAGACUUAAUAUACGACCCACCAAAAAUGGCAUGGUCUUGAUAGAUGAGAAUUCACCGGUGUAUUCCAUGAAAUAUGUGGCCAAGAAACCGGUGGGUGAUUUAUUUGGCGAUCAGUUCAUCAAAUUGCUGAUGGCCGAGGAGGAGAAACUGCUGGAGAUCACAUUUCUGGAUGAGUUUGAGGGCAAUGCCAAUGCGAAUGGACCGCCAGGAGAUUAUGUAACAGAGGCCACACAAUUGUAUCAUUUGGAUCAGUUUGCCAAGAAUGUCUUGGAGUGGAAUUCGCUGCGUGCCGAGUGCGUACAAUUGGCGCUUAAAAAGUGGGUAAUACCCGAUCUUAUCAAGGAGCUGCGUGCCACACUGCACGAGGAGGCGCAACAGUUUGUGUUGCGCUCCUGCAUUGCCAAGCUGUACAAAUGGCUGAAGGUGGCACCAUAUAAACCCGAAUUGCCGCAACAUCAUAACUCCGAGGAAUGGAGCACAUUGCGUGGCAUACGCGCCUUGGGCUUGGCCUAUGAUCCGGAUCAAUCGGUGGCGGCAUUUUGUGCCAUCUCCAGCGUGGAGGGUGACAUCUCCGAUUAUCUACGCUUGCCGAGCAUACUCAAGCGCAAGAAUUCGCAUAAUUCAGAGGAGAAGGCCCAAAAGAUUGCAGAUCUGCGUAAGCUGAGUGAUUUCAUCAAGAUGAAGAAACCACAUAUUAUCGUAAUUGGCGCCGAGUCACGAGAUGCACAAAUGAUACAGGCGGACAUACGUGAGAUACUCAAGGAGCUGGAAACCAAUGAGCAAUUUCCGCCCAUUGAGGUGGAAAUCAUUGACAAUGAGCUGGCCAAGAUCUAUGCCAACUCCAAGAAGGGUGAAGCGGACUUUAAAGAGUAUCCACCGCUGCUCAAACAGGCGGCAUCGUUGGCCCGCAAAAUGCAAGAUCCGCUCGUGGAAUACUCCCAAUUAUGCGAUGCGGAUGAUGAGAUCUUGUGUCUUCGCUAUCAUCCGCUGCAGGAGCGUGUGCCACGUGAACUAUUGCUGGAGCAGCUCAGCCUGGAGUUUAUCAAUCGCACCAGCGAGGUGGGAUUGGACAUUAAUCUGAUGGUACAGAAUUCGCGUACAGUGAAUCUGUUGCAAUACAUUUGUGGAUUGGGACCCAGGAAGGGACAGGCGCUGCUCAAGCUGCUCAAGCAGAGCAAUCAACGGCUGGAGAAUCGCACCCAGCUGGUCACGGUGUGUCAUCUGGGUCCCAAGGUGUUUAUCAAUUGCAGCGGUUUCAUCAAGAUCGAUACGAGUUCGCUGGGCGACAGCACCGAGGCAUAUGUGGAGGUCCUAGAUGGCUCCCGUGUGCAUCCGGAGACCUAUGAGUGGGCACGUAAAAUGGCCAUUGAUGCCAUGGAGUAUGAUGAUGAGGAAACGAAUCCAGCGGGUGCACUCGAAGAGAUCUUGGAGUCACCGGAGCGUCUCAAAGAUCUCGAUUUGGAUGCAUUCGCUGUGGAGCUGGAACGUCAGGGAUUUGGCAGCAAGAGCAUUACUUUAUAUGACAUCCGGAAUGAGCUGAGCAGUCUCUACAAGGAUUAUCGCUGUGCAUAUGUUAAGCCCAGUGCGGAGGAGCUAUUCGAUAUGUUGACCAAGGAGACGCCGGAUUCAUUUUAUGUGGGCAAAUGUGUUACGGCCAUGGUUACGGGUUUCACCUAUCGACGUCCGCAGGGCGAUCAGCUGGACAAUGCGAAUCCAGUGAGAAUUGAAGAAUCCGGCAGCUGGCAAUGUCCAUUCUGUCACAAGGAUGAUUUCCCAGAGCUAUCGGAUGUUUGGAAUCAUUUCGAUGAUAACAAUUGUCCGGGUCAAGCGUCCGGCGUGCGUUGCCGACUGGAGAAUGGUCUGCCCGGAUUUAUACACAUAAAGAAUCUAUCGGAUAAACAGGUGCGCAAUCCGGAGGAGCGUGUCCGUGUUGCCCAAAUGAUUCAUGUGCGCAUUAUUAAGAUCGACAUUGAUCGCUUUUCCGUGGACUGCAGCUCCAAGUCGGCGGAUUUGAAGGAUGUGAACAAUGAGUGGCGACCACGACGCGAUGCCUUCUAUGAUUUCGUCACGGAGGAGCUGGACAAUCGCAAGGUGACGGACGCCAAGGCCAAGGCAAUGAAACGGAAGACGUACGCCCGUCGUGUCAUCGCCCAUCCGAGUUUCUUUAACAAAUCCUAUGCGGAGGUCAUUGCCAUGCUCGCCGAGGCGGAUCAGGGUGAGGUGGCGCUGCGUCCGAGCAGCAAGUCCAAGGAUCACCUAACCGCCACCUGGAAGGUAGCCGAUGACAUAUUCCAGCACAUCGAUGUGCGCGAGGAGGGCAAAGAGAAUGAAUAUAGUCUGGGUCGCAGUCUCUGGAUUGGCACCGAGGAAUUCGAAGAUCUGGACGAGAUCAUCGCCCGCCAUAUUAAUCCCAUGGCGGUGGCAGCACGCGAACUCCUGCAAUACAAAUACUACAAGCCAAAUACGGCGCCGGCGAAUGUCAAUGAACGGGAUUUCAUGGAGCAACUGUUGCGCGAUGAGAAGACCAAGGAUCCCAAAAAGAUACACUAUUUCUUUAGUGCAUCCAAGAGUAUGCCGGGCAAGUUUCUACUCUCCUAUUUGCCCAAGACAAAGGUGCGGCAUGAGUAUGUGACGGUGAUGCCGGAAGGUUAUCGUUUCCGUGGACAGAUCUUUGAUUCCGUGAGCAGUCUGUUGCGCUGGUUCAAGGAGCAUUGGCUGGAUCCCACAGCGGGCAUGAUGUCCAACAGUGGCUUGAGCAGUACACCCUCCAGCAAUACGCCCACAAAUCAUGGGCAUGCCCAUGGACAUGGACAUGGCAUGAUGCGACCACCUACCACAGCGUCGCUAAGUUCGCUGAGUGCUGGCGGGGGCGAGGGCAGAGGUGAUGGAAGAGGAGCAGCAGGUGGUGGUGGUGGCGCCUUUAGCAGCGCCGGCAGCAUCUCGGGCGGCACACCGCGCAGCGGCAUCAGCAGCAGCGAUAUACGCAGCUCCAGCGCUUACUCUGUAACGCAUUCCAUUGCUGGCUAUGGUGGAGGUGGUGGAGGAGCUGGUGGAGGAACGGGAGGCGGCGCUUCCUCGGCACAUUAUGGCAGCGGCAGCACGCCCACAUUUGGUGCACACAUCAAUACGCCGUAUACGCCGAGCGGCCAGACACCGUUCAUGACACCAUACACACCACAUGGCACACAGACGCCACGUUACGGCCACAAUGUGCCCAGUCCCAGCUCACAGUCAUCCAGCAGUCAGCGGCAUCAUUAUGGUGGCACGCCACGUUACUAUGACAUGCCGGGUGCGUAUAAUAAUGCGGCCAAUUUGCCACAUCAUCAGCAGCAUGCGCACCAUCAGCAGCAGCAGCAGCAACAUCAUGCACAUCAGCAACAUCAUCAGCAGCAACACCACCAGCAGCAACACCAUCAGCAACAGCAACGUGCCAAAGAGAACCUCGACUGGCAGCUGGCCAAUGAUUCCUGGGCACGACGAAAACCCACACAGCAACAACAACAACAAGCACCAGCACAACAACAACAACAGCAAUCUGGUCUAAGCAUGUCUGGUUUUGGCGCCGGUUCCACGCCCACCAAUGAGUAUCACACAAGCAGUGGAAGUCGCAAUGUUGCCGCUGGAGCAGCAGCAGCAGCAGCCACCGGUGGGGCAGCAACCGGCGUGCAGCAGCAGCAACAACAACUAAAACACAAGUGGCAGUGUUUGUUGGUGUCGGCAGAGAGAGCAAGUUCGCGUAUGUGUGCGUGUCUGUGUGUGUGUGAGAGAGCAAAAAACAUUCACAACAAUUUGAUAACUAAAUAAAAAACAACAAAAAGAAAAGAACGUAACAAAAGAGUGCAGAGUGCAAAGCAAAGCGUGCCACAAAUAACAAGCAGCGAGCAGUGGCAGAGGCUGUGGCACAGGCAGCGACUGUGGCAGAGGCGUAGGCGUCGUCGUCGUAGGUUAAACGCCGUUCUUCGUUCUCUCCUCGCACUAGCAGCAAUUAACUGUUCAACAAA